GCUCAAUCUUUGUUUUCGCAGCGCGGCGGUCGCAUCGGAGUCGAAAAUUCGAAUUAGAGGUGCUCGAAGAACUCGAAAAAUACUAUUGGAUAGUUUUGAAUAAAUUUUAUUGAUUUUUGUAUUCACAUCGCGGUUUUUGGGAUUUGCACUUACAUUGAAGUGUUCUGUUUAAAUUUUUAAAAAGUGUUUCAAAGUGCGAAUCAAACUAGUAAAUCAAAAGCAAAUCGCAAAUCCUUGAGAAACAAACAAUAAGAAGUGAAAAUUAGCAACAAUUCAAUGCUUUCUCUUAUCAGUGUGGACAUUAUAUUUAAAAAAAAAAAUUAAUUUCUGUGAAUUCACCAACAAGUUCAACCGAAACCACAAACUGAAUGCUAUGCAAAUAUACGACCGAUAAAAUUGCUUUUUUUUCCAUAAAAAUAAUUUUUCUGAUUAUUCCGAUAAAUGGGCUUACAACAAAAACAUAAACAGAAAAAGGAAACAAGUGUGUGUGCAAUUGCAAUGAAGAAUGUGCUGAGCAAAUAAGGCAAAUAACAACGAUUUAACUUAACCCAUAAAACCUAACGACAAUUCACAUAAACAAACAAAAAAACGUUAAAAAAACAACAGAGUGUAAAAAAAGUUUAGCAACCGCGAAAACAACUUACGAAUUUUCACAACAACUUGAUGUUUUGUAACGGAUUUUCAAGAAACUGGUAAAAACUUUAUUGUGGAUUCUUCUUCGCAACUGCGGCUAGAUUUUUGUGCCCCUCUGCGAAUUUUUGGAGAACGGAAAGCAUUUGCGAUUCUGGACAGCUCACUUCUAACACCGGAGUCAUCACUGGAAACCCAUUAAGUGAAACAACAGAAACAGCAACAUAGUAUGCGUCUCUUCAAAACGCGCAAAUCCACCGACACCUACAGCACACUAGCCGCUCAGCAACAACAGCAGCAACAGCAAGCCGACAGCAGCAGCAGCAACAACAUUUGCCAGGGAAGCAGCAACAAUAAAAGUCACACGCCAGCAACAUGCAGCAACCGACUAAACAAGAGCGUUGCGAGCAGCACCACAAUAUCCUCAUCGCUGCCUGAUCUGCAUGACCAGUCGCCCGUCAUGAUCCUCAGCUGCACCACCCUGACCAGCAAUGGAGCCACCGCCACGGCGGCAGUCACAGCAACAAGCACCGGCACAUCAGCAACAUCUGCCGGCGGUCUGCAACAGCAACACCAGCAGCAGCCGUUACGCACGGCCACGCCCACUUGUCUACUAAGUGGACGGCAGACACCAUCGGCCAUAUCGGUAAUGUCGCUGCAAGAGGCCACCAGUCUGCACCGACAACAGCAGCAGCAGCAACAGCAGCAACAUCAGCCACCCACCAUCUAUGUGCCCGUGCCCACGAAACUUGGCGGCAAUGUCAACACCGGCAGCAAUUCGGCAAAAUUGCUGCUGAGCUAUGGCAGCACCAACAGCAUUGCCACCAUGCAGCAACACCAGCAGCAGCAGCAUGCUGCCCAGUACCAGCAAUACGUCGCCCAGCGUCUGCAUGCCGCUUCCAGUAGUUGCUUGUACGAGAAGGGGGCGAACGCCGGCGGAGGGGCGGGCAGCAACAAGAGCAGUCGAUCCCUGACCCCGAAUGGUCACCUGCCCGACUACAAAUUGGUGACAGCGGUGCCAGUUGUUGUCCUGGACGAUGAACACAAAUCGAAUUCAUUGCCAUCCAACGAACUGAGUCGCAGCAGCAUCAGCAACAGCAACAUCAACAUCAACAGCAGCAACAGCAACAGCCUUGACGUCAGCAACAGCAACUCGAACACUGGAAGCUCCACAUCUUUGGCCAGCACCACGAGAAAUGUUUUCACCUGGGGCAAGCGCAUGAGUCGCAAACUGGAUCUACUGAAGCGCAGCGACUCGCCCGCCGCCGCCCACAAAUCGCACUCGGAUCUGCGGAGCCUGUUCCACUCGCCAACGCACCACAAGAGUGGAUCCGCUGGAGCCAGCGGACCCAGUUCGGCGAAGGCCUCGCCCUCAAACACUGGUAGCCAUCAGAGCGGCUCCAGCUCCAGCUCCACGACCAGCACCCUCAAGAAGUGCAAGUCGGGGCCCAUUGAGACCGUCAAGCAGCGUCACCAGCAGCAGCAGCAGCAGCAGCAGUUGCUCCAGGAUGUGGGCACGGGACAGAGCCAGAGUGCUCAGUCCACGCCCACGCAUCAGUUCCAGGCGGCCGCCCGCCCACAGAAAGCGCUGAAGAACUUCUUUCAUCGGAUCGGGUCCACCGGCAUGCUGAACCAUCGCUCCCACAAUCUCCUCAAGGCCUCGGAGGCGUCCCAACAGGCCACACCGGCAGCCACCACGCUGUAUAGGAGCAGCUCCACGAGCCAGCUGUCCAGCUGCUCUUACGUGAAGUGCGACGAUCCCACCGAGGGUCUGAAUCUUCAGAGGGAGCAGCGGGAGCAGCGACUUCCGAGGAUUGCCAGCUUGAAGUCCAGUAGCUGCGACGACAUAGCCAAGGUGAGCAGUUGUCUGACGGCAAGCACAAGUAGUGGCAGUGCUGCAGGCAGCAUGGCAUCUCCUCCGAGUGGAGCGGCAUCUAGUGGAGCAGGAAUUGCAACCAGUGGCCAGCACGAUCCCUCGCGCCGCGGGGCCUUUCCCUACGCCUUCCUGCGAUCGCGCCUCUCCGUUCUGCCCGAGGAGAACCACGGCAAUGGACCUGGCCACCACCUGAAGCAACAAGUACAACGGCAGAGGGAGCAACACCAGCAGCAUCAGAGGGAUCUCCUCCAGCAGGAGCAGGCGUCAUCGCCACUCCCCCAGCGCCGCUCCCCCGAACAGGCGAUGCUGAACAAUGUGUCGCGCAACGACAGCAUCACCUCCAAGGACUGGGAACCACUUUACCAAAGAUUAAGUAGUUGUCUAAGUUCGAACGAAUCCGGCUACGACAGCGAUGGGGGUGCGACGGGUGCCCGGCUGGGCAAUAAUCUGAGCAUCUCCGGCGGAGAUACCGAAUCUAUUGCCUCGGGCACGCUCAAGCGCAACUCGCUCAUCUCCCUCAGUUCGUCGGAGGGUGUGGGAAUGGGCAUGGGCAUGGGCCUGGGUUUGGGACUGGGAAUGACACCCAUUCCUCCAUCGACGAGGAACAGCAGCAUCUGCAGUGCGCCCGUGUCGCUGGGUGGCUACAACUACGACUAUGAGACGGAGACCAUCCGGCGGCGAUUUAGGCAACUAAAGCUGGAGCGGAAGUGCCAGGAGGACUACAUCGGAAUUGUCCUGUCGCCCAAAACGGUGAUGACCAACAGCAAUGAGCAGCAAUAUCGGUAUCUUGUCGUGGAACUGGAACCCUACGGCAUGGCACAGAAGGAUGGCCGCCUUCGUCUGGGCGAUGAGAUUGUCAACGUGAAUGGAAAGCACCUGCGCGGCAUCCAAUCCUUCGCGGAGGUCCAGCGCCUGCUGAGCAGUUUCGUGGACAACUGCAUCGACCUGGUGAUUGCCCACGAUGAGGUGACCACGGUCACCGAUUUCUACACCAAAAUCCGGAUUGAUGGGAUGAGCACGCAGCGCCACAGGCUGAGCUACGUUCAGCGCACCCAGAGCACCGACAGUCUGGCCAGCAUGCAGAGUCUGCAGCUGCAGCAGGAGAGGAUUCAGGGUCAGAAUCUGGAUCAGGAACCAGAGCCGGAUGCCCAAGGCGAGGACCAGUGCGAUGCGCGAUCGAUUGCCAGUGUGAGCACUAUGCCCACUCCGAUGCCGCUGAUGCAGCAUCGUCGGAGCUCCACGCCCAGGCACUCGCUGGAAAUGAGUGGGCCAGAGCACGAGCUCCUCAGGAGGCGGGCCCGCAGCUCCUCAGGUCAGCGCAGCUUGGCUCUAACACCGACCCCGCUCUUUGCCAGCAGCAGCAGCAGCUGCUCCUCCUCCCCUAACCAUCGGUUGCUGGAUAACGAGAAUGACCCCGCUAACGACACCGAUUCCUAUACGCCGGUGUAUGCAAAUCGGGCGGCGAGCGUGUGCGUGGCCUCCUCGCUGGCGGACGACGAGAAGUGGCAGCUGCUGGCCCGGAAGCGCUGCUCCGAGGGAUCCGCCCUCUCCGCUGCCCCGAGCCCCCAGCAAUUCGGCCAACGCACCCACUACGCCAGGAACUCCAUCAACCUGGCCAACUCGCACUACCGCUCGCUCCGGUUUGCCCACUCACGGUUGAGCUCGUCGCGUCUCAGUCUGUUCAUGCAGGCGCCGCCUAACAGUCUAACCGUCGGGGAGGGGGCUAACACCCCAUCCUCCACAGCUACCACAACCACUGAUCUCACUAACCAGCAGCAGCAAAACCAGCAACAGACACACCAAUCACUGUACAUCAAGCACUCGCCAAAGAGCGUCUCAUUGUUCUCGCCUAAUCCCUAUGUUAACGCCUCAUCCUCACCAGCAUCAGCAUCCACAUCAGCGGGAGCGGGCUCAUCUCUGGCCCCGCCUGCCGCCGCCCUAAUGCAUCAUAGGCCAUCACUGCCGGUGGCCAAGCUAACCAUACGCGAUGAGGAAAUGGCGGAGGUCAUCCGCGCGUCCAUGAGCGAGGGAAGUGGUCGUUGCACUCCAAAGACUAUUACCUUCUUCAAGGGACCUGGACUGAAAUCUUUGGGCUUUAGCAUUGUGGGAGGUCGCGAUUCACCCAAGGGCAAUAUGGGAAUCUUUGUGAAGACCGUAUUUCCCUCGGGUCAGGCUGCUGAUGAUGGCACACUGCAAGCAGGCGAUGAGAUAGUGGAGAUCAAUGGCAACUCUGUGCAGGGCAUGAGUCACGCUGAAACCAUAGGACUCUUUAAGAACGUUAGAGAAGGCACCAUUGUGCUUAAGAUCUUGAGAAGAAAAUUGCAGAAGGCAAAAUCAAUGGGUUGUUAGUUAAUACCCAAUUGGACUUAUCCCGAUGAUGAUACCUGAUUAUGGACAAACCGCAUUGUUUAAUCAAUUUAAAUGUUAGCUUCAAUAAUUAAGUGAAGUCUUUUUUCGUAAUCGUACAAAGCCCCUUGAAAGAACUAUACUUAUAUACAGACUCUAUAUAGCAUCUAGAAUCCCAAAUAGUACGUAAACAAUUGUAUGGAGUUACAAUUUUAAAUUAUUUACUCAAUCUAGACUAGGCUAAGGUUCGAAACGUUGUACAAGUUCUACAUACAUACAAGUGAAAUAUAUUUACCUGAAAAGCAAAC